AUGGCUACCCAAACCCGCGAGAGAAGGCCGUCCACAUCCGCCCCCAUCUCCGACCUCCAGGGUCCCGUCGGGCCUGAGGGUAUCUCUCGCCCCAAGCACAAACGUACUGCCACUGGCUUCGGUGCUGCAGAGAUCAAAAGUGUCGAAGCGAGCAUACCUGAACCUCAAAGAGAAGCAUGGAAAAAACAUUCUGCCCAAGGCUUUACUACAAAGGAAGAGUUUGAGAAUGAGACUGUCAGGCACGUUGAGACCACUCUUGCCCGUUCGCUGUUCAAUUGCGAUGAACUAGCUGCCUACUCCGGCGCAUCUCUCGCUUUCCGGGACAGACUCGUCAUUGAAUGGAACAGGACCCAGCAGCGGCAGACGUUUGCAGACCAGAAACGAGUCUACUAUCUUUCCUUGGAGUUCUUGAUGGGUAGAGCUUUGGAUAAUGCUAUGCUUAAUGUUGGCUUGAAAGACGUAGCACGAGCUGGUCUCAAAGACCUAGGCUUCCGAAUCGAGGAUGUCAUAUCCCAAGAACAUGACGCUGCUCUUGGCAACGGCGGCCUCGGCCGCCUGGCUGCAUGUUUCCUUGACAGCAUGGCCACUCUGAACUACCCUGCCUGGGGAUAUGGUCUGCGUUACAGAUAUGGCAUCUUUAAGCAAGAGAUCGUCGACGGAUAUCAGGUAGAGGUGCCAGAUUAUUGGCUGGACUUCAACCCUUGGGAAUUUCCGAGGCACGACAUUACCGUGGACAUCCAAUUCUACGGUCAUGUCUCUAGACACCAGGAUGAAGACGGCAAGAAUAUUGCAGUCUGGGAGGGCGGCGAAAUUGUCGAUGCAGUUGCGUUCGACGUCCCAAUUCCGGGAUAUUCAACUCCAACCACGAACAACCUCCGCUUGUGGUCUUCCAAAGCUUCCAAGGGCGAGUUUGACUUCCAAAAGUUCAACUCCGGCGACUACGAAGCCUCGGUAGGAGAUCAGCAACGUGCAGAGACUAUUUCUGCUGUACUGUACCCCAAUGACAACUUGGAGCGUGGUAAGGAGCUACGUCUGAAGCAGCAAUACUUCUGGUGCGCCGCUUCGCUCUACGACAUCGUCCGUCGUUUUAAGAAGUCAAAGAAAGCGUGGUCGGCCUUUCCAGACAUGGUGGCUAUCCAACUAAACGACACUCAUCCUACACUCGCUAUCGUCGAGUUGCAGCGUAUCUUGGUGGACUUAGAGGGUCUUGACUGGACCGAAGCCUGGGACGUCGUCCAAAAAACCUUCAGCUACGCUAACCACACUGUAAUGCCUGAGGCUUUAGAGAAAUGGUCUGUCCCUGUGAUGCAGAACCUGCUCCCGAGACAUCUGCAAAUCAUUUACGAGGUCAAUUCGCAAUUCCUUCACAUGGUGGAGAAACAAUUCCCCAAGGAUCGCGAUAUGCUCAGGCGUGUUUCGAUCAUCGAAGAAUCUCAGCCACAGAUGGUGCAAAUGGCUUAUCUCGCGACCAUUGGCAGCCACAAGGUCAAUGGUGUAGCUGAGCUUCAUUCGGACCUGAUCAAGACCACAAUCUUCAAAGACUUUGUCAAGAUUUAUGGACCCGACAAAUUCACCAACGUGACCAAUGGCAUUACCCCCCGAAGAUGGCUCCACCAAGCCAAUCCCAGGCUCUCAGAAUUGAUCGCGUCAAAGCUUGGCGGCUACGAAUUCCUUACCGACUUAACCAAGCUGAACGAACUCGAACACUUCCUUGACGAUAAGGAUUUCAAAAAGGAAUGGCAGGAGAUCAAAUAUGCCAACAAAGUCCGCUUGGCGCAGCACAUCAUGAAUACAACCGGCGUUCGCGUCAACCCCAAAGCACUCUUCGAUAUCCAAGUCAAGCGCAUACACGAGUACAAGCGGCAACAGCUGAACAUCCUCGGUGUCAUUCACCGUUACCUGACGAUCAAGGCAAUGAGCGCGGAAGAGCGUAAGAAACUUGCACCUCGUGUGUCGAUCUUCGGAGGCAAGGCCGCUCCCGGCUACUGGAUGGCUAAGACUGUCAUCCACCUUGUCUGCAGCGUUGGCGAAGUUGUUAACAAUGACAAGGACGUCGGUGACCUUUUGAAGGUCAUCUACAUUGAAGACUACAAUGUUAGCAAGGCCGAAAUUAUCACCCCUGCCUCGGACAUCAGCGAGCAUAUCUCCACUGCAGGUACGGAAGCCAGCGGGACCAGCAACAUGAAGUUUGUCUUGAACGGCGGGUUGAUCAUCGGUACUUGUGACGGAGCCAACAUUGAGAUCACUCGCGAAGUCGGCGAGUCCAACAUCUUUCUCUUCGGUAACCUCGCCGAAGACGUUGAAGACCUCCGCCACGCCCACACCUAUGGCAACUUCAAACUCGACCCCGACCUCGCCAAAGUCUUUGAUGCCAUCAAGGGUGGCAGAUUCGGCGAUGCGAAUCGCUUCAGCGCCCUGUGCAAUUCCAUCAUCGACCAAGGCGACUACUAUCUCGUUUCUGACGACUUCAACAGCUACAUCAAGACGCAUGCGCUUGUGGAUGAGGCGUACAAGGACCAGGAAGCUUGGCUCGAAAAAUGCAUCACCAGCGUCAGUAGGAUGGGUUUCUUCAGCAGUGACAGGUGUAUCCAGGAGUAUGCGGAAAUGAUCUGGAACGUCGAGCCACUCGUUCCGGAGCAGAGGAAUGGGAAAUGA